AUGAACACAAUCACAAGGCGCGGUCUGCGCACCGCCAGUCUGUACCAGCGGCUCGAUCCAACACUUUGUCAUUUAAGCAAGCCUCAAUCCAUCCUCUCGAAUUCCUCCCGGCCCAUAACGCACUCUCGCCGCCACGCCUCCUACAAAUCCUCGAAACCCACGAAGCUCUCCAGCCCUUCCACGCCAUCAACCCCCCAGACACAAGCAAACAGCAAGCUCCUCCCCAUCAACGGGCCUCUCUCAACCCUCCCUGCCCCCCUCACCCUCCCAACUCGAUCCCCCGACCAGAGCCUCCCCGCGCACCUCUUCGCCCUGGGAAAAAGCUACCUGAGCUUCUACAAGACGGGCGUAAAGAACAUCUACGCCAACCACCGCGCCUGCAAGCCGCUCUACGCCCUCCUCGCCGCCAAACACGCCUCCUCCAUCCCCGCGGCCGUGAGGGCCCACGCCCUCUCCCGCUCCGACUUCCAGCUCCUGUGCCGCGAGAAGCAUGACCUCAGACGGGUGCCGCUGUUCGCGCUCGUGUUGCUCGUGUGCGGCGAGUUCACCCCGCUGGUGGUCCUCGCCAUCACCGGCAUCGUACCCUGGACGUGUCGGAUCCCGAAGCAGAUCGACUCUGACCGGCAGAAGCUGGAGGAGCGGAGGAGGACCUCCUUCCGCAACCUCACCCACCGGAUGCCCGUCGAGAAGAGAGGGGAGGCGGUGACAAUGAAUCGCAUGCAGCUGCUGCACAUUUCAUGGAGCUUGGGCCUGAGUAGCAGCGCCUGGGACUUUCUGGGUGGGAAGCUGCCCGGGCUGCCAACGGGCGUGCUGCGGAGGAAGUGGGUGAGGCGGAGGGAGUAUCUGGAUACGGACGAUAUGCUGUUGCGGCGGGGCGGGCGUGCGGCGCUGAAGGAGUUGAGCGUGGAGGAGCUGAGGAUGGCUUGCGUAGACAGGGGCGUAGAUGUGCUGGGUAGGCCUGAGGAGGAUCUGAGGCGCGAUUUGGAGGCGUGGUUGAAGUGUGCCGAGAGGCUGUCGAUGGAGAGACUGGUGUUGACCAGGUGA